AUGUUUCAGGACGAGGCGACGAAGGAGCCGAGUACUGUGGAAAGAGUUACCGGACAGAAUAUUAUUAAAAAAUGGGUCGAAGCUACUGAAAAAUUAAUUCCGGCAAAGUCGAUCGAUCGAUAUAAGAAGGAAUUGGAAUUAUUUAAUCAAUGGAAGCAAAUAAAUGACGUUAAGUCAAUCAAUGAGGAAGUUAUGUUGGCUUAUAUGUUAGAUUUGUCUAAAAAAAUUAGUCGUUCUUCACUGUGGUCAAAACAUUCAAUGGUGAAAUCAAUGCUGCUGGUACAUGAAAAUGUCGACAUUUCACGUUUUUCAAAAGUUACGGCAUUUUUAAAGAAGAUGUCAGUUGGAUAUGAACGUAAAAAAGGGAAGACACUCACUAGAGACGACGUAAAUCGUUUUUUGAAGGAAGCUUCUGAUAAGGAGCACCUAUUGGCAAAGGUCGUUGCAAUGCUUGGUAUAGUUGGAGGUUGCCGCCGAGAAGAGUUGUACAAUAUAUCUCUUGAUGAUGUGCAAGAUACGAGCUCGCAGUUCGUAGUGACUAUUCCUAUCAGCAAAACACAUCAAAAGAGGGUUUUUACAGUAAUCAACGAGGUCGAAGGAAUAAAGUUUUUGGAACUGUACAGAAGAUAUGUUAAAUUGAGGUCCAAAAAUUUACCUCAUAAGACGCUACUUGUGGGCUGUAGAAAUGGCAGGUGCAUUUCUCAAAGAGUAGGAAUUCAUACUAUUGGAGCAAUACCUAGUAAGAUAGCCGAAUUUCUUGAAUUAGAAAACCCAAAAGCAUACACAGGCCACAGUUUUCGACGUACCGCAGCUACGCUUUUGGCAAAUGCUGGAGUUGAUUUAAGUGUAUUGAAGAGACACGGUGGUUGGAAAAGCUCAACAGUGGCGGAAAAAUACAUUGAAGAAUCGAUGGAAGGCAAAACAAAAAUUGCUCGCAUGAUCCAAGGUGAGGAAAACUUUGUGCAAGUUUUGCAACCACAACAGAACUCAAAUGAAAACUUUGGAUCUACUUCCUCAGCAAUUAAUCUAACUGAGAUUAAAAGUGUUAAAACUGAAAACAUUCCUCCAGUUAAAGUUACAGAAAAUACUAACUGUACGAUUAAUAUAACUAUUAAUGUUUGA